AUGCAGUGCUACUCAGAUCUCAUUCCCCCUUCUGGAGUCACUCAUGCGCUUUCGCUCCCCUUCACAUCCGCGCAUGCCGACAACUUGAUCAUUGCCCGGACUUCUCUUGUGCAGAUAUUCCAGUGCAAGUCGGUCCACGCGGGACAGGACACCAAGCUCGUCUUGGUCGCCGAGUACAAUCUCGCCGGCACAGUCACAUCGUUGGGCAGAGUCAAAAUCACAGACUCGAAGGCCGGAGGUGAUGCAGUUCUCAUCGCCCUCCGUGAUGCCAAACUGAGCCUUGUCGAAUGGGACCCGGAACUGCAUAGCAUAUCUACGCUCUCAAUACAUUACUACGAGCAUGAUGAUCUGCAGACUGCACCAUGGCAGCCUGAUCUUGCCGAGUGCGUCAGCCGUCUCACGGUUGACCCUUCGAGUAGAUGUGCUGCCUUCAACUUCGGCAUAAGUAAUCUCGCCAUCAUACCAUUCCAUCAAGGGGGCGAUGAUCUCGCAAUGGACGACUUGGACGACGAACAUUACGAGAAGACACAAACAAGUCCACAGCAGGAGGGCCAGGCAGCUGAUGCCAACUCAACGUACAGUCCAUCGUUCGUCUUGCCAUUAACCAUCCUUGACCCUGGGCUGUUACAUCCCGUCGACAUGGCUUUCCUCCACGAGUACCGCGACCCGACCAUUGGCAUCCUAUAUUCCACAGCCGCGCGCUCCUCAAAUAUGAGUCCUGAUCGCCAAGAUGUCACAAUCUAUGCAGUUUAUGCUCUCGACUUGGAGCAGAAGGCCUCAACAACGUUGCAAUCUGUGCAAAAACUUCCCAACGACCUCUACCGAAUUGUCCCGCUGCCACUGCCCGUAGGGGGCGCAUUGCUGAUCGGCGGAAAUGAAGUGAUCCACGUCGAUCAGGGUGGAAAAUCAAGUUCCAUUGCGGUCAAUGAAUUCGCAAAAGAAGCUUCUUCGUUUCCGAUGACAGACCAGUCCGAGGCUCGAUUGAGGCUGGAAGGGUGCCAAGUAGAGCACCUGGGUAAUGCCACCGGAGACAUGUUGGUGAUACUAAAGAGUGGAGAGCUUGCUCUUCUAGGCUUCAGAAUGGAUGGACGCUCGGUCUCCGGAUUGACCCUGCAAAAGCUCGCCCACAAUCACGUGGAGGGUUCUGCGUCUUGCACCGCGAAUCUCGGAACAAAUUGUCUCUUCAUCGGAAGCGAAGAGGCCGACUCGGUUCUGCUUGGAGCAGACAAGAAGCUAGCCCAGUUAAAACGUGUACGCUCACGAGCGCAGAUUCAGUCAAAUGGAGUGGACUCUGAGGAGGACGACGACGAAGACGGUCCAGAGGACGAUGAUGACCUCUAUGGCGAGGUCACACAAAAGCCAAAUGGGCAUGCCCCAAGCGAUUCUAGUGGCCAGAACUUUCGAACUAUGGACCGGCUUCCAUCAAUAGCACCUAUAAAUGACCUGGCCCUCGGUGACCUCCGGAAGCGGAAGCGCGAUCAAAACGAUGAUUCUGCUUUAUCAGGCAGCCGCUCAUCCGAGAUUAUGGUCGCAUACGGUCGAGGUCGUGCCAACGGAGUGGCUACAAUAAGCCGACACCUCGAGCCAGAGACGACGAAACGGGUAAGGUAUGAAGAUGCUAUCGGUAUAUGGUGCUUGGGCUCCACGCAGAAAUCUCAAGACCACAGACCGGCAGAUGAGCUGGUCAUUGUUUCUCAUAUGACCGCGGAUGGCGUUGGCAGAUCUUCGUUGUAUCGUCUAAAUGAUGGCGAUAUGUCGCCAAUCGCCGAAGGCGACUUCGACCAAGCCGCUGGCUCGGCAAUUGCGGUCUUCAGAUUGCAAGCUACAAAUCACACGAUCCAGGUGCUGCCUACGGAAAUCCGUGUCUACGAUGCCAACUUCGGCCUCUCGCAGAUAUUUCCCGUGGUCGAUGAAGAAGAAGGCCAGUUGGCCAGGGCGACGAAGGCUGCCUUUGCCGAACCUUACCUUGCUUUGGUCAAAGAUGACGGUACGAUGGCCUUGCUCAAGGCGGAUAAGGCCGGUGAGCUUGACGAAGUCGGACAUCCAACAGCCUUCAAGGAUAAGACAGUCUUAUCAGUAUCGCUCUAUCACGACCCAGGCGAUUUCUUCCGGACUUCAAGGCUCUAUGGAGGCGCUGCGACUUCAGCUGGACCGAUCCUGGCAUUGAUGGCUUCAGACGGCCACUUUUGCCUGUUGUCUCUUCCCAACCUGGACCUCCAAGUGUUUCAGUGUGACAGUCUGCCAUUCCUGCCCACGCAUCUGUUGCAAAAUACACAGUUACCCAAGCAUUGGAGAAACAAGGACGAACUGGCAGAGGCUCUGCUUGUUGACCUCGGAAACAAAGAUGACAGACGACCGUAUCUCGUCGUUCGCAAUACCACCAACGAUCUCGUCAUCUACGAACCCUUCGCCGUGCUCAACGUCGUAGGCAGCUUCAGGUUCAAGAAGAUCGCAACAAAGCCAGCAGAAGCUCCCGAGGAUACAGUCGAGGAGGAAGGCGAAGAGUCCUCCCUUCAGCCGAUGCAGGUGAUCAGGGACAUAGCAGGGCAUGCCUCGGUAUUUGUCCCCGGGGCACAGCCUAUGCUCAUCCUCCGCGAAGCGUCCACCAUGCCACACGUGUACGAGCUGAAGCCGCAGAACAUCAAAUCUCUGAGCGCAGCCAACCCUGGCGGCUUCGUCUUCAUCGACGACACAGACUACUUGUGUUUCUGUCAACUCCCUGAGACCCUCAUGCUGGGCCACUCGGACUGGAUCAUCGACCGCGUCGCGCUCAACGAAGACAUCACCUCGCUCACCUAUUUCUCGCCGACAGACUCGUACAUCCUGGCCACAAACUCGAGCACCGAGUUCCAACUGCCCCAAGACGACGAAUGGCACCCGGAAUGGCAAGCCGAAUCCACGACCUUUCUGCCCACCACCCUGUCUUCGACCCUGAAACUCCUCAGCUCUCGAUCCCACCGCAUCAUAAGCCAAUUCCGCUUCGACGCGUCCGAGCGCGUGCUCUGCGUCAAGUCCAUCAACCUCGAAGUCUCCGAGGAGACGCACGAACGCAAGGAUUUGAUUGUAGUGGGCACGGCCGUCGUCAAAGGCGAAAACAUCACAACGAGAGGAAACAUCUACCUCUUCGACGUCGUCGACGUCGUGCCCGAGCCAGGCGUGCCCGAAACGGAUCUGAAGCUGAAGCUCAUCACCAAGGAAGAAGUGCGCGGCGCCGUGUCGGCAAUCUCGGGCGUCGGAUCGCAGGGUUUCCUACUGGCAGCGCAAGGCCAGAAGUGCAUGGUCCGCGGCCUCAAGGAAGACAUGUCCAUUCUGCCGGUUGCCUUCCUCGACAUGCGGUACUACGUGCACGUGGCCAAAGAACUGCCCGGCACGGGCCUGUGUAUUCUGGGCGAUGCAUUCUCGGGCCUCUGGCUCGUCGGCUACUCCGAGGAACCCUACAAGUUACAAAUCCUCGGCCGCGACUUCGCGAACCCACCCGUCCUGGAGGCCGAGUUCUUGCCGGCCGCGAAACAGCUGUACAUCGUCUCGGCCGGCGACGACGGCGUGCUGCGCAUCCUGCAGUACGAUCCCGAGGACCCAAAAACCGAGCGCGGCGCCAAGUUGUUGCUCCGCAGUACCUUUCACACGGGCGACACGCCGACCAGUAUGACAUUGGUGCCGCCACCGCGACCAGCCGCCGCCGCCGCCGCCGCGAUGUCGUCGAUGGAUCUCGACGACGCGCCCUCGUCCCAGGCGCACACAAUCCUUCUUACAGGCGCGAGUGGCUCGGUCGCCCUGCUCACGCCGCUCUCCGAGCCCACGUACCGCCGCCUGUCGACCUUGCAGAACGUCCUGCUCUCGUCCGCGCUGGACAGCCACGCGCACUACGCGGCCCUCAACCCCCGGGCGUACAGACAGAUCGAGACGGACGGGAUCGGCGGGCGCGCCGUCAUCGAUGGCGAUCUCGUCAGGCGGUGGUGGGAAUUGAGUACCCAGGCAAGAGCGAGCUCUAGUGACAAGGCCGGAGGCAGUGGUUGGGAUGUAAGGGGUGAUUUGGCCGUCGUGGGAGGUGGGGAGGCAGGAUUUUAA